UGCUCGCUCAUUGUCCAGGGCGAUCCACAAUCAUUAUUCAACCAUGCAGGCAGGACAUACACCAGUGUUCGUCAUGAACACUGCACCAGAGAGGCAUCACUGCCGCAAAGGCAAGUAUCAUUGUCAACAUACUAUCGCUGAUGUUAUUCGAACAUGUCUUGGCCCAAAAGCCAUGCUCAAGAUGAUCCUCGAUCCAAUGGGUGGCAUACUGCUAACAAAUGAUGAGAGCGCGAUUCUCCGUGAAAUUGACGUUGCACACCCUGCAGCAAAGAACAUGAUCGAACUCAGUCGUACUCAAGAUGAAGAAGGUGGUGAUGGUGCGACCAGCGUCAUCAUCCUUGCGGGAGAAAUUCUCGCUCAAUCCCUCUCGCAGCUUGAACGCGAUAUCCACCCUGUUGUUAUCAUUUCCGCUUACAACAAAGCCCUCAAAGAAGCUCUCGCGAUCGUAAAUCGCAUCUCUAUCCCCAUCGACACGUCGUCGGGUGAAGAAAUGCUCUCCCUCAUUAAAACUUCCAUCGGCACCAAAUUCGUGGCACGCUGGAGCGAUUUAAUGUGCCAUUUGGCCCUUCAAGCCGUGCAAUACAGUAAGUAA